AACGUAAACGUCAAUUUACACAAAAUCGAUUCCUUCCUUCUUCUUGAAGAUUUGAAGAAUUUUUCGAUAACUAUUUGUCUACUCAGAUAAAUAUUGUAGAAUUUAUAAAUGAAGUAACAAAACAAACAGCUUUACGAUUUAAGUACAAGCUUAAGUGCACAAUGAUUAAGGCUAUUUUAGUGUUCAAUAAUCAUGGAAAGCCUAGGUUAUCAAAGUUCUACCAAUAUUUCAAUGAAGACAUGCAACAGCAGAUAAUAAAAGAAACAUUCCAGCUGGUGUCAAAAAGAGAUGAUAAUGUGUGCAACUUCCUUGAAGGAGGCAGUCUCAUAGGAGGUUCAGACUACAAGCUGAUCUAUCGGCACUAUGCUACUCUGUACUUUGUAUUCUGCGUGGACUCCUCAGAGAGUGAACUGGGAAUUUUGGAUCUUAUACAGGUAUUUGUGGAGACACUUGACAAGUGUUUCGAGAAUGUGUGCGAGCUGGACCUGAUCUUCCACGCGGAUGCAGCGCACCAGGUUCUGGACGAGCUGGUGAUGGGCGGCAUGGUGCUGCAGACCAACAUGGCUGACAUCCUGUGCCGGCUGCAGGAGCAGAACAAGAUGCAGAAGGCCGAGGCCGGUAUAUCGGCGGCGCCGGCGCGUGCGGUGUCGGCAGUCAAGAGCAUGAACCUGCCGCAGCAGUUGCGAGACAUGCGCCUGCCAGACCUGCCGCAAGCUAUCAAGGACCUGAAAUUCUGACCGAUACAACAGGCGUACCCCGCCUCCCCCGUCGCCCUAGCAACUAACAUAUUAAACACGAUCUACCCACAAAACGAGAAGUACCAAAACCUGCAACGCACAGAAAACAUCGCAAACAAGUUCUUCGGCUCCGAAUCGCUGAGCACUAAGUUUUCCGAAACUUUUUCCGAAAACUACCAACAGACGGAAGGUAUAAAUUUUCCGAAUUACGAAAGUCACAAGUCCGAUGGAUACCAGGACUUGAGCGGGACAGUUGAUUGCAAUUACGCUGACAGGAGAAGGAGAAAGAAGAAGAAGAACAAACAUUAACAGACUUUGCCACUCAUUUUGCACGAUUCUGUGACACUUUGCAGAAUUCCGCUAAGUUUUUAUUAGGCUAGUUGACACUUUUUUUAAAAAGGUUGACUUAUAUCAAAUUUAAUACAUAAAAUAUUAAUUUCGUGUACUUCAUGAAAUUAGGGUCCGAAAUAUAUCAAUAUCAAAUUUAUAUAAUAAUAUAUCAAUAUCAAUAUCAAAGUUAAGAAUUUCUUAUAAAACUUAAUUUAAAUAUCACGUAUUUUUUCCGUCAAAAACGCUGACGUCCAUUUUGUAACUAAACAUCGAACUAAUCCGUUUGUAUGGGAUUUAUUAUAGUGACGUCAUGAAACAGUUGAAAUAUAGACUGUCAUGGCCGACAGGUGUUUUGGCUGGUAUUGUCAAAAACAUAUUUAAAAACUAAAAUUGUCAUGUCACGUCAUCAUCACGUCUCAAAAAAAUAUGAAUUUUUUUUCAGUCUACUUUAAAUUAACUUUUUAAGACCAUUAAAAAAGUGUCUAUUCCGCUUAGUUUUUAAUAGGCCCGUUGACAGUUUUUUUAAGCGCCUUAAUUUGUCCAUUUGCAUUCUACUAGAUUGAAAAUAAAUUAUUAUUUUAUUUUGACAAUACAAGCCAAAACGCUGUCGGCCAUGAUGGUCUAUAUUUUAAAUGUUUUAUGAUGACGUUAACUUAACAGAGUGUUUGGUGAAAUUUUAACUUAAUAAUUAGUUUGUCGUUUAUUCCUCUAGUGACAUGAUAUAAAAUCGUGACGUCACAAAAUGAACGACAGCGUUUUUGAAGUUUGGAAAAAUUGAUUAAAUACAUAAUUUUUAAAUUAUGUUUUCUAUGAAAUCCUUAUUUAAUUUACUAAAUGAUAUCGAUAUAUUUCGGACCCUUAUUACAUGCAUGUGUACCUACUACAUGAAAUUAAUAUUGUAUAUAUUAAAUUUGACAUGACUGUGUCAACCCUAUUGACUGCUGUAGAGUCGAUAUUAACACUCUUUGAUGUAAAACUUCUUUACGCACGCUUGACUUGUGAUUAAUGCGUUACGAAAAGUGUAAUCGGGGGAAGAGAACGGUCGUUGUAAUGUGAGCUAAAGCGCACUCGUUUUUUUAGUCUAUCACUGUUUUGCUGCCAAUGGUAUCAUCCUCUUUGCAGAAUUCCGCUAAGUCUUUAAUUCUGUUGUAGAGUCAAUACUAAAGUUCAGCCGCUCAGAGAUUGCGUUUAUGACAGGUUUUGAUCAAAUGGGCAAUGUAACUUCGAGCUGGCGUACAAGAUUGUUGAAUUGCGCAGUUUCAAGGUUAUGCCAACUGUUUGUCUUUGUAGUGAUGAGACAAAAAACGUGGCUAUUGUAAUUGAAUAUGUUUGUCCCGUUCGAUCACGACUUGUCAGAAAUGCAAUCUCUGAGCGGACAUUAACACAUUUUAGUCUAUUCAUUUGUUUUGAUGCGGAAUACACCUCGACUCGAAUACUUUGCAGUAUUCCGCAAAAGUUGUAAAAUACCAAUUUUAAAGAAAAAAUUACUUUGCGAUGUUAGGAUUAACGAUUUUGCAAUAAUCUCGAAAUUAUUUUGCCCAAGUUAUAGAAUAAUUACCUACGUACGUUAAUUAGUAUAUUAUUAUUAAUAUCUAGCUGUGCCCCGUGGUUUUACUUACGUAGAUCCCAUUCCUGUGAAAAUGUCGGUGUAAAAAGUAGCCUAUAAUUUAUUUUCUGUAACAAAUUUCGUCCAGAUUUGUUCAGCCCUUGAGCCAUGGUUUAGUACCAAACGAAAUGAAGGAAAAUUUUGACACCAGAAACUUUAUAUUGUUAUGUACAAUGCAAUUUUCACUUACUAAAUAAUAUAAGUAUACUUGCUAAUUCAGAGUUUAUAUAGAAAAUACAAUAUAUAUUUCUAUGGAGAAUAAUUUCAAAUUUCUGAGAUUCGAGUUUUUUUAAGGGAGUUGGAGGUGCAUGCCCCGGACCGGAUUCGAACCUACGCCCUUCGAAUCAAGGAAUUAAUUUAAAUAAUCUAAAAUUCUCUACGUGUGUGAAGUCAGCGUGGUGGUCCAUUGGGCUAACUAACCCCUCUCAUUCUAAGAGGAGACUCGAGACUCCAGGAGAAUGAAUGUAAACUGCAAUUAUUUGUAAAAACUAUGUAUUGUUUAGUUUAAUUACUUUUUUAUUGUUUAUAUUAAAAACAAAAAUGUUACAUUCCAAAAUUGCAAUUUUUUCAUGUUGAUUGGAUUUUUUAUUAAGCUUCUAAUGAUAAUCUCAACCGAAUUUCGAUAUAACUUAUUUUGAUCCUGUCUAAUUAUACGGAAAAUGUGUCAGUGCACAAUUGUGUACAUAAACACCGGUGCACUCUCCUUAUUCAAGUUGCCGGCACACUGGUUAGGCGCAGGAUCGAUUUACGUGCUCUCCGAGGCACGGGGUCUAGGUUUCUAUAAUUCUAUGAUAUUCGUGUAUAAAUAAUUAUAAAUAUUUAGUUUAUAAGAAAUAUAUUUUAUGUUAUAUGAAAA